UCAGUCAGUUGUCACUAAAGCUCUUGUGAACAUACUGUUACUGUGUUUAUGUAUUAAUUUAUUUAUUUUCUAUAUGUUGUCAAAUGCGUCGCUGGUUUGGUUUGGGCUCUUUUUGUAGCCGAGUAGUUUACAGCAGCAGGAGUAGAGAAGGAGCAGGAUGGAGGAGGACAUUUACAGGACACACCACUCUCAACAGUACACAGGUGCAACACUGGGGCACAGUGUUAUCAAAGCGCCUCUGUCACAGUGAUUUGGGGGACUUAUACAAGAAUGAGUCCGUGCAGAAGUAUCUCCAGCAGCUCAUGGAGGAGUACAGGGAGCUCAGCAAGAAGUUACAGCACGCAUACCUCAAUGAGACAGACAGAAAAGAGCUUACUAUGAAGCACACAGAGCUGCUGCCACUGGCAAAUGUGCUGCAGAGUAUUGAACAAGCUCUGAAAGACCUUGAGGAAGUCAAAUCACUUCUCACUGGUUCAGCUGGUUCCAAAGACGAAGACAAACAAUUGACCCAGCUGCUAAAAGACGAGGAAGCACAGAUCUCCCGCAGAAUUUUAGGCUUAAGAAAAGAUUUAAUCAAAGCUCUGGUGCCGACUGACCCUCUCGACCCCAGUAAUGUUCUGCUGGAGGUUGUGUCAGGUCGGACAACAGGAGGGGACAUCUGUCAGCAGUUCACCACCGAAAUGUUUGACAUGUACCAGGGUUUUGCCUUUUACAAGAACUGGGACUUUGAGGUUAUGAACUACACAUCUGCUGAGUAUGGUGGUUUGCACCAUGCAGCAGUACGAAUAGUCGGGGAAGAUGUGUACAGAUAUCUGAAGAAUGAAGGAGGAACACACCGGGUGCAGAGGAUCCCUGAGGUGGGCCUCUCCUCCAGGAUGCAGCGUAUCCACACUGGAACCAUGACUGUUAUAAUCCUGCCUGAGCCCAUUGAGUUCAAUGUCAACAUUGAUCCGAAGGACCUUCGCAUUGACACAUUUAGAGCUCGAGGUGCUGGGGGCCAGAGUGUCAACACAACAGACAGCGCAGUGCGCAUCGUUCAUCUUCCCACUGGUACUAAGGCAGAGUGUCAGCAGACUCGCUCUCAGUUGCAGAACAGAGACACGGCAAUGCGCAUGCUGAAGGCUCGGCUUUACCAGAGCAUGAUGGGUAAAGAGACUGAGCAGAGGCAAACGACACGAAAACAGCAGGUGGGCACACGCUCUCAGUCAGAGAGGAUUCGUUCCUACCAUUUCAGCCAGGAUCGAGUCACAGACCACAGGACUGGUUAUGUUACCAGAGAUAUUAAGGAGUUCAUGAGAGGAGGGGAGGGCCUGGACGAGAUGAUUUCCGAUGUACUUGAACAUGCAGAGAGAGAGGCUCUUCUGGAGAUGGUGGUGAACAGCAACAGCAGCCUGAAAUGACCGGAGUCUGGACAAUCUGCAGACUGACACCCACCACAGCGUACUCUCAAGUGGACUAACCAUACAGUACGUCAUUUGGUGGAUGUUCUUCUCCAGCGUAUUUAGGCUAGACAGCCCGACCACAUGCUGAGGUUGACAUAUCUAUUGUUGAUAUAAUACCGGAACAAAAUGUAUGCAGUAGUAAUACUGUAAAUUAUGCAGUUUGAGACAAUUUGUAGUUAUCACUUGUUAUUUUUUUAAAUAAAAUCUUACAUUAUGUAUGUUGUUGCAUAUUAAUUUGCACAGCAGCUUUAUAAAUAUAUCAUGAGCUGGAGGACAAAUUAGAAUAUCUUUUAGACCUCAUCUACAUUUAACUUAUUCACAAGACUUUAUUCUUAUUCUUUAUGAUAGGUUAAAUGCAUUCACUUGUCUGUUAUUGUUCAUGGCCUGGAUUGAGUGUUAAAUUGCCUUUUCCCAGAGGUGACAAAUUCUUUGAAAAUAGAGCUAUUUAAGCUGUAUCUUUUGAGGUCAUGCAUUUUAUUUGUCCUUAAUAUUUAAAGUUAUAUUUAACAUUUUGCCCAUUUGAUAAUGUUGAGUUCCAGGAACAUUUUGCAUCUAAGUUAACGAAAAUUAUUUUGGAGUGAUUAGAUAUGAGCCACAUGCCCAAUGUUGGCUCUGUUAGAGAGAACACUUGUGUUUUUAUGACUGACUGUAAACAGACAUCAAUAUACUGUAGUGUAAAUAUUCUGAACUCAGUAAGUGUCCUUGAUGAUUCUGUGCCAGCCAGGGUGCGGUGAAAUCACCUAUCAUGUUUAUACACACAUGCUCCCCAGCAGCAUGUCACACCCUGCAUGUGUCUGCCAGCUGAUUGGCAGCCCCACUAUUUUUCUCCAGUCAUUUUGCCUGUUAUUAUAAAUUAAUGUUUUCUUCAGCCUUGACCAGUGUCCAUCCUUGUGAAAUGAAUACUUAUCAUCUUUUCUUCAGCUGUGGCUUUUAGUCUUAUAU